AUGGAGGAGAAUCACACUACCAUUACAGACUUCAUUCUGCUUGAUUUUCCUGAACUGCAUCAACUAGAAUUUCUCAUGGGUUUGCUCCUGCUUGCAUCCUACCUGAUCAUCUUAGCUGGAAACAUCUUGAUUAUUUUCAUCAUCAUUCAUGACCAUCAUCUACACACCCCCAUGUACUAUUUUUUAUGGAAUCUUUCCUGCUUAGAGAUCCUAAUUACAACCUGUGUAGUGCCAAAGGUGGUGACAAGCCUUUUACUAGGCUUCAAAACCAUUUCAUACCCAGCUUGCCUUUCCCAGUGCUAUUUCUUCUUCUUCUUAGGAAGUAGUGACUUUGUCCUUCUAGCAGUGAUGUCCUAUGACCGCUAUGUGGCCAUUUGUAAUCCACUGCGCUAUGCAUCAAUUAUGAGUACUCAACUCUGCCUAUUUCUCACUGUGACUUCUUGUGCUGCUGGCUUUUUGGCCACUCUUCUCCCAACCAUCCUAGUUGCAAGGCUUCCUUUCUGCCAAAGCAACCACAUAGACCACUUUUUCUGUGACAGCCUAGCCUUGAUGAAACUAGCUUGCUCUGACACUAGUCUUGCAGAGCUGAUAAGUUUCUUUUCAUCCUCAGCCACUCUUCUGAGUUCUUUAAUUUUCACAGUGGUGACCUUUGCUUACAUAAUUGCAACCAUUCUCAAACUUCCAUCUGCCUCAGGAAGACGCAAGGCAUUCUCCACUUGCUCUUCACACUUGAUGAUUGUCUCUCUUGGCUAUGGCAGUUGCAUUUUCACAUAUGUACGACCUUCAGGCAGUAACCCAUCAAUUAAUAAGAUUGUUUCUUUGAUCAAUACUGUGCUGACACCUGUGCUGAGCCCGUUCAUCUUCAGUUUGAGAAACCACCAGGUAAAGCAGGCUAUGAAGGCAGCUUUCAUUAGGUGUGCAAUCCUCUUGAAGAACGGAGACAUGAAGGGACAUGGAUUUUCAGAGAAAAAGUAG